UUGAAUCCACACUGUUGCUGAUAUUCUCACUAUUAAUUGAAUUGUUAUAGCAGAUCCUUUAAAUAUGUAUUAUUUUCUUCUUAUUGCAGCUGUAAACUAAAAGUUGUUGAGCCAGUACCAUAAAACUGCAGUUGCCUGGGGCGGAGCCCGCCCAAGCUUAAUAUCCUGCUAUGUAUAGUGUUAAUCAUUGUAUUAACAAUUUAAGGCAAGAAAACUAGGAGUGUUUCAGUCAGAGAAGAGUUCUGAGAGUAUUGUGAUCUUUCCUGUGACACUUUUGGAGGAAUUUAUCAAGUUUUUGAGGUUUUAUGGCAGAUUCAAAAUCUGGAGUGAUUCUGUGAAAACAGUAAUGUUUACCUACUGAUGUUCUUUUGGAACCGUUUAUAUUUAAGUGGAUCACUGAAAGAAGCAUGCAGCCUGAAACGCAGUGUAAAUAAAUACACUUCUCAACUAAGGAAUAUGUAAUCAAAACUGCAAAGAAAUGAAUCAUUUACGUCUCUCAUUUUUGCUUUUAUGGGUUAUGGGGUUUUUGCUUGUUAUUAUGGCUUCUUACUUUACCACUGUCAUAAGGUACACAUGGCUGAAAUACAUCGGUUUUGAUAAAUACCGUAAAUAUAUUUUAGAAGACCUUACAAAAACACAUUAUGACGUCAUGAAAAAUGAACACUUUCUUGCAAGCCAAACUACGCUGCAAAAUUCAUCACUUCUAGUAGAUGAUUUUAAAUGGAAGCGGCUUCCUGCUAAAUAUCGCACUGUUUAUCCUUAUGACUACAAAUAUGUCAUUAAUGAGCCUCACAAGUGUUUACGUAAGAUCCCUUUCUUAAUCUUAUGCAUUUUCACUAGAGUUUCAGAAUUUAGUUCCAGGCAUGCUAUUCGAAAAACCUGGGGAAAUGAAAGCUUGAUUUCUAAUGCAACUAUAGCACGACUUUUCUUCAUGGGAAUCCCAAAAUUUGUCAAGGAACCUUUAAAUAAACUAAUCAAAGAAGAAAGUGAAACUUUUCAUGAUAUCAUUCAGGUAGAUUAUCUGGAUACUUAUAACAAUCUGACUCUAAAAACUAUGACUGCAAUGAAAUGGUUUGCUACAUAUUGCCCUAAUGCAUCCUAUAUUAUGAAAAUAGACAGUGACAUGUUUUUGAACAUUGAAUACCUCAUCUAUGGGCAACUCAAACCACAUACCCCAAUGAAGACAAACUAUUUUACUGGAUUUGCUUUUCUAAAUUUCCAACCAAUCCGAGAUAAAAACAGUAAGUGGUACAUGCCAAAUGAACUGUAUUCAGCAGAAACGUAUCCUACAUUUUGUUCAGGAACUGGAUAUCUUUUAUCUGGAGAUCUACCUAAAAGGAUUGUGGAAGUUUCUUCUACAGUUCGGCCCAUCUACUUGGAAGAUGUAUAUAUUGGACUUUGCCUCGAUAAACUAAAAGUAAAAGUAAUUGCUUCUUAUGCCUUAUUUCAUAUUAACCAUGUUGAAUAUUUUGCAUGUUCUUAUGCAAAAUUAAUCACGUCUCAUCAUUUUGAUGCUUUUGAUCUUCUGAAAACCUGGGAUGACUUCCAAAGAAAGAAGGGAGCCUGUGCUACAUGAAGAGAGGCAGCAUUCUCCAUUGCACAUUAUUUAAAGACUUAAUGCCAUUUGUAUAAAGCCAUAUGUUUGAGUAUUUAAUUCACAGACUUCAGAAGCAGUGUGGGGAUGAAACUGUCACUAACUGGAGCUUGUUGUACAUUACUCUGAUGUCUUUUGUGCUUCAAACAUUGUUAAUACAGGAGAGUCACAAAUUAUAGUAAUUUAAACUCUA